UCAGUCAGUCCGGUCUCUCAGUCCAACAACAACACCUACAGUUUAUCACACAUUUACCUGCGGAUGGAUUUAAAAACGGUAACGCAACGGAGCCGAAUCACCUGUAGGACCACAAAGUAGGGCACCCUUCUAAAUGAUGUUUCACGGACUUUACCUGCCGGACUUCAUUUAAUCUGAAUUGCAAUUACUGACCAGUUUUGGUUAACGUCUCACUCAUGGUGGAUUACUGUGGAUUAAUACCGUUUCAAUGCAGCCUACUCAGCGUUUUCUGAACCACACAGAGGGGUGACAAGACGCUUAACUUGACAUCUGAAGACAAUUAACUUGACGGCGAUACGUUAUUGAGCCGUGGUGGGAGUGGACCACCUGCUGGGCCGGAGCAUGGCGUAUCGGAGGAAUGGCGCCGCUCUCCUGCUGGUUCUGCUGGUUCUUCUGGACCUGCAUCCGGUCUCUGGCCGAUCAUCUCGCGAUCACCGCGGCUUGAGACGCCAACCCCGUGGGCACCCCGAACGCCCUCUGGCGCUCCAGAACAUCACGCUGGCUGUCAUUUUACCCCAGAGCAACACGGACUACCCGUGGGCUUGGCCUCGCAUCGGGCCCGCGCUGCAGCGAGCCAUCAGAACCGUGAACGAAGACCCGACCCUGCUGCCUGACCACCACCUCACCUACGUUUUCAAGAACAGCGAAGACAAAGACGGCAUCUGCUCCGAGUCCAUCGCCCCGCUCAUGGCUGUGGACCUUAAGUUUGCGUACAACCCGUGGGCGUUCAUCGGGCCCGGCUGCUCCUACACUUCGUCCCCGGUCGGCCUCUUCACCACCCAUUGGGACGUUCCCAUGGUUACGGCGGGCGCCCCGGCCGUGGCCUUUUACGGCGGAGUCUACCCGUCCAUCACCAACACGGGCCCCACCCACAGGAAGCUCGGCAAGUUCGCCCUGAGGAUCUGCGAGCACUUUGGGUGGAGGGAGCACGUGAUGCUCAUGUUCAACGACAACAAGGUGGACGAUCGGCCGUGUUACUUCGCCGUGGAGGGUCUGUACACCGAGCUGAAGAGCAUCAACAUCACGCUCGUCGACAGGGUGUUCGAAGAGAACAAGCUGCCGAUCAACUAUUCCCAAAUCAUCGCCGACAUUCAGAGCGACGGCCGAGUGAUGUUCGUCUGCUGCUCCCCGGACGUCUUCAGGAAGUUGAUGGUUGAGUUCCGGCAGGCUGAUCUUCCUCACGAGCAGUACGUCUUCUUCUACAUCGACGUGUUCGGAGAAAGUCUGAACUCCAAACACGGACAGCCGUGGGCCCGUGGGGACAAGGACGACGCCGUCGCCAGGGAGGCCUUCCAGAUGAACAUCAUAGCCGGAGGGUUUUACGACGGUCUGAUGCUCUACACUCACGCUCUGAACGAGACCAUGUCCGUGCUCGCCGGCCGGCCUCCGGGCAAAGUCGUCACCAAGAGGAUGUGGAAUCGAACCUUCCACGGUGUAACGGGACAGGUCCACCUGGACGAGAACGGAGACAGAGAGACGGACUUUGCUCUGUGGGACAUGAUUGACAACAAAACAAGCGCCUUCCAGAUAGUUUUGGUGUACAACAGUUCAGAGGAGCAGCUAACUGCCAUCCCUGGAUCAACACUGCAGUGGCUGGAUGGAGUUCGUCCUCGCGAUGUUCCCGUCUGCGGCUUCAAAAACGAGAACCCCAUCUGCCUCACAAAGACGGUCACCAUCCAUCAGAUGGUUUCCAUCGUUAUCUUCUUCAUCUUAAUGAUGACUCUCACCAUCGCUAUCUUCAUCUACAGGAAGAUGAAGUUGGAGAAGGAGCUGGUGGCUCAGCUCUGGAGGAUUUCCUGGUGCGACAUCCAGAUGAGCAACAUAGACAAGGUGCUGCGCAGCGGCAGCAGGAUCACACUGUCACUGAGAGGCUCGAACUACGGCUCCCUGAUGACUGGAGAUGGAAACAUGCAGGUUUUUGCAAAGACUGGAUACUACAAGGGAAACAUUGCCGCCAUCAAAUACACCAACAGGAAACGCAUCGAGCUGAACAGGAAGGUCCUGUUUGAACUCAAACAUAUGCGAGACGUUCAGAACGAACAUCUGACCAGGUUCAUUGGAGCGUGCAUCGACCCUCCCAACACCUGCAUCAUCACAGAGUACUGUCCCAGAGGAAGUCUGCAGGACAUCUUGGAGAACGACAGCAUCACUCUGGACUGGAUGUUCAAAUAUUCCCUCAUCAAUGACAUCGUCAAGGGCAUGGUGUUCCUCCACAAUAGUGUCAUCGUGUCUCACGGUAAACUCAAGUCGUCCAACUGUGUCGUGGACAACCGCUUCGUCCUGAAGAUCACAGACUACGGUCUGUCCAGCUUCCGAUCUUUGACCGACUCGGGAAAAGACGCUUACGCCUACUACGCCCAGAGGUUGUGGAUGGCUCCAGAGCUGCUCAGGAUGGAGUCUCCUCCUCCUCAGGGAACUCAGAAAGGAGACGUCUACAGCUUCAGCAUCAUCCUCCAGGAGGUGGCGCUGCGCCGAGGAGCCUUUUACCUGGAGGGGGACCCUCUCAGCCCCAAAGAGAUCGUGGACCGGGUGGUUCUGGGCGAGUGGCCCUGCCUCAGACCGACCAUUGACCCCCAGGUCCAUAGUCCUGAGCUGGGACAGCUGAUGCAGCGCUGCUGGGCCGAGGAGCCGACGGAGAGACCGGAGUUUAACCACAUCUGGUUGCUGCUGCGCAAACAGAACAAGGAGUCGAGGACCAACAUCCUGGACAACCUGCUGUCCCGUAUGGAGCAGUACGCCAACAACCUGGAGGAGCUGGUGGAGGAGAGAACACAAGCCUACCAUGAGGAGAAACGCAAGGCUGAAGCACUGCUGUACCAGAUACUACCACAUUCGGUGGCAGAGCAGUUGAAGCGAGGGGAGACAGUUCAGGCCGAGGCCUUUGACUCUGUCACCAUCUACUUCAGCGACAUUGUGGGUUUCACUGCCAUCUCUGCAGAGAGCACGCCAAUGCAGGUGGUGACGCUGCUGAACGACCUCUACACCUGUUUUGAUGCCAUCAUCGACAACUUUGAUGUUUACAAGGUGGAGACCAUCGGUGACGCCUACAUGGUGGUGUCGGGGCUGCCGGUGAGGAACGGGAAUCUGCACGGCAGAGAGAUCGCCCGCAUGGCGCUCGCCCUGCUGGACGCCGUCCGAACCUUCAAGAUCUGCCACCGCUCAGAACAGCAGCUCAAACUCAGGAUAGGAAUACACAGCGGUCCGGUGUGUGCGGGCGUGGUGGGUCUGAAGAUGCCACGCUACUGUCUGUUCGGAGACACCGUCAACACCUCGUCACGCAUGGAGUCCAGCGGAGAAGCGCUGAAGAUCCACGUGUCGGCAGCGACUCGCGACGUCCUGAUGGAGUUCAACUGCUUCCAGCUGGAGCUGAGAGGAGAGAUCGACGUCAAGGGCAAAGGAAAGAUGACCACCUAUUGGCUACUGGGAGAGAGCGACAGCCAAUGACAAAACACGGAGGACAGAGACAGAGGAGGAGGGGACGAAGAGACGAGAAGGAGAUGAGGGAUCAGAUGAGAGGAAGGGAAAGAGGGAGGUAAGGAAAGACAAUGCAAGGCAGCUUUAUUUGUAUAGCACAUUUCAGCAACAGGGCAAACUGAAAAGGUAAGACGGAGAGAAGGAAGGGAAGGAAACGAGGGAGCAGGAGACAAAAGAGGGAAGUCAAGGGAAGAAAGUAGAGUAGGUAUCUCCACGGACGUCUCAGGUCCUCGUCCUCCUGCCGCCGACCUGUCAGAGGACUCGUGUUUGUCACUUUUGCACGAAAGUGAGAGGAAAAUACUGCUACAUUCUCGCUGACACACAAAAAAAGUGCAAAAACUGAAGGAGGGAGAAGGACAUGCGCUCCAAAACGUAAACAGAAACACAGAUGUGGAACAAUGACGGAGAAAAAGCUGGUCUGAAACAGGAAUCAAACCGAACUCACGAAGGGCUGGAACAUUAUGUAAAUGAAGGAGCAGAAAAUUAGAGAAUAUUAACUUUAUAUUGUGUGUUUUACAGAUCUCGCCUGUUAUGUUUUAUAGAGAAAAUCAUGAUUUGGGUUGAGUUGAUUUGAAAACUUUACACCUCAAAAGGUUCAGCGGACAAUUCUCUCUUUUGUGCUACACUGCUGACGGACCAGAAUCAGCUGUUAUUUAGCAUGUGGAGGCCCGGCCAGGGGGUUGAUGACUGAAUAGCUAGACUGUAUAAAUGAAGCUAACACAUCUGGAUCUCCCCCUGGUGGCUGGCUGCAGUAUAGGUCAUAAGCCCCGCCCCCUCUAUGUUAACGGAUGGGACAUGGACCAAACUAAAAAUCAAAGUACACAUCAAAUACGUUUUCCCCAAGAUGGUUUUUGGCAUUUAGGUAGUUCUGAUCACACUGAUGUUUGUUCAAGUCAAGUCUUGAAAACUAAAAACAUCCACUGGUACUAGGUGAAAAUUGUCUUUUUAAUUGACGAACAUCAUAUGUGUAAUCCAUGGCUCAAUUAAAACGAUUAUUUGUGUCUCUCCGUUCACUACCGUUCAUAUUUUUUAUAUAAAAAGGUCCCAUGGUGGUCCACUAGACGGGGAGGGACAAGUUUCCCAGGCUGGUAAAGGAAUGUCCCGCCUUAUUCUGCCUCUGAUUGGCUAGUACCCGCUGCCUUUGUUGGUUGGAUUGGUUGGGGUAAGGGUAAGAAUAACAGGGUAAGCCAAUCAGGGGCAGAGUAGGGCGGGUCAUGCCUUCCAUCACCAUCCUAAGAAAAGAAAUACUGCAGAGCGACAUGGUAACUAGGUGUUAUUAAAUAGGACCUACAUUUGCAGUAUUAAUAAACAAAAACAUCUUACUAAAAAUGCUAAAUGAUGGCUACCUUGGGUGCAGCUCUUUUGGAAAUAGGACUUCUCUGUAAAUAUACAAAUGUUUUCUUUGUGUUUUUUCAGUAAAAAGUUGCAAUUAGAUUUAGUAAUUAUCUCUGCACAUCUCUCAGUGGACUGAAACAACCUGAGCAGCCAACAGGACAGACAUUUCAGAGCUGUUGCCGGGACUAAAUAUUUUCUUGGAUUCAUGAACUGAAGAACCCUCAACGUUAGAGUUGUUCAGAUACCGAAAAAAGUCUCCGAUACUGCCUAAAAUGCUGGUAUUGGUAUCAGCGAGUAUGUGAGUCUACGCACCGAUCCGAUACCUCACAAUUUAGAAAAUCUACUUUAGUGCGCAACCUUUUGAUAUUAAUGAACGUCCCAUUACAUUCAAGCCGUUGCCAAAUGCUGCAAAGCUAAUGAAGACUAUCAGCUUGAUCAUGUAAGGCUUGUAUCAUCGACAGUGUUGUUGUCAUUGCUUAGAAUUCCUAAUGGGGGCGACAGAAACUACGCACUAUAGUUUUAAAGUAGUUUAUUUAUGUUAUUUUUACGUUAUGACUCACUGUCAAACUAGAUAAUAAAAGAAAGUUCUAUGGCAUUGAUUCUCUGUAUGUAUUUGCUCACGUUUUACAAAGACUUUAACCUGAGCAAGGCUAUACAACAAUGAUAGUAAUCAUAUCACAUCCAUCCAGUAGUAUACAGCUGUAAUAAAAUAUAUGUAUAUAUAUAUAUAUUCUUAACUUAAUUGGUAUCGGAUCGGUACUCAGUAUCGGACUGAUACUCAAGUUCAGAUAUCAGAAUCAGUAUCAGGAAGGAAAAUAUGGUAUCGGAACAUCUCUACUCAAUCUGUCGAUGUGUCCUAAUGUAUUAUAUGAUCUGAUAUUUUUAUAUAGUGCCAUUACAUGUGUAUUACAUGUGCUGAGUGCCGUACUAAAGCUCAUCUCUGAAGAGACUCCAGUCAUUAAUAACCUGCUAUCAUUUCAAAACGUUUAGUUUUGUGCCGUCGAUCAGUUUGAACUUGUUUAUAUCUUGUUUCCACUCGAUGUUGCACUUUAUCUUCCCCGCAUCAAGCUGAAGGCUGGCUGCACUUCAAGUAAAGAAUCAAAAAUGAGCCGUUUGUUUGGAACCGGGGAUCAAACCAGCAGUGUGUGUUUGUUUGUACUGACCUGAAUAAAGUUGUGUGCAGAGCAAACGGUUUGUUUGGCUGAAACAUA